UUGAAAUUUUUGAAGAGAGCAAAGUGAUUAUUGGAAAAAAAAAUGUAGUAGUUUUUUCUUAUUAAUCCAUAUACGAGCAGCAUUUGUGCUAGAUGUAUUUGGAUAAAAAUAUCCUUGUUAAAUAAAUGUUGGAAUUCUUUGUCGAAUGUAAUGUGUACAAUUUAAAACCUCUCGGUUAUCUUCCUGGAUGAACCUCUGGAUUGUUUUCUGAAGAGACUCGUUAGAGAAUUAUAUUAAGGAAUAUUUUGCUUCUAGAGCAUUGUUUCCCCAACUUCUUUGACUUUCAUCCCCUUGUUCAAUAUUCUUUGGAAUUAACCUCUCAGAUAUGUAAUUUUAGCAUUAAUAUUGAACUCUAUAAUUUUUUGAAUUUCUUAUCAAUAUCUUGAAACAUUAUUGAGUUCACUAGUGUGGUACUUAGAACUUGCUGAAAAUGUUGAAGAUAUGUGGUGUUGAAGCCUAUGCACGCCAAACAAUGUUCUCGAUUCGCAUAUCUAUAUACCUUAGCGUAACUGAAGAACCAUCAAUCAGCUUUAAUGAACCCAAGAUAACCUCGGAUGCACUUCCAAUUUUGUUCAAAUUCUCUCGUGAUGUAUCUCUAUAAUUUGUUGAGCUUAGAAAAAGCGUUUUUAGACCUAAAGGGGUCCCCAUGGAUCCACUUUCUUUCGUAUUCAAGUAAGCUCCAAGCCUUGUGGAAAAUUUAUUUUCUCACACUAACUCUACAUAUGUGUCUGAGUAAUUCACUCAAUUACCAAUUAAAUUCCUGAUUACCAUUCACUUGCUCGUCAUGUAAAAACACAGACAAGCUAGCUAUGAUGCUAAUGAGUUACUUGGUUGAAAGAUCAUGGUUAGGGUAAUGUUGUCCUUGUCCGUACUGAUAUUCAGAAUGAGUUCGCGGGCCGCAUAAAACGAAGGCGGUACGAGACCGUUGGCCAUAGUUUGGUAACUACUGCAACAUUUCAAACAUAGAGCAAGUCUUGCAAAACUGAUGCUUUAUUUGUACGGCGUCUAUGCUUGACGCAAUAGCUCCAUGGUUUGCCUAAAUAAGUCACCAUUUUUACAACAGCCAGUCUACGCCAAAUACAGCGAGUUGCGUAAUUGCAGCAAAAAGGACAUAAGCAUGUCCAGCUUUACGCAAUAGCUCGUGGUAUGCAUUGCAUCGAGGUUCUCGACCAUUUAUUCACGUAUUUGGACAACAUUGAGCUCAUCGCACGUGUUCCAGUGACCGAACUUUUCUCAGCUUUCAGUUGCAAAGGUCAAUUGUCUGCCGUUGCUAAAUAUUUGGCAUUGAUGAAUGUUCUGAAGAACAAACACUUCUUUAGUUGGUAGCUUUGCUGUUAUUACUUUCAGUAGCAGGUUAUAAAAGCUGCUAAUUCGGAACGAGUUCAUCCAGUUUAAUUUAGGGGGUGUGUUCGUUGCUAUUUGGAUGCGGACCGCACAAAGAGGUACGUACGGAGGAUAGGCGAACUUCAUAGCUGAGUCUGCUGAGAAAUUCGUUCUAAUCUUGCUGAACAUCCACAGAUGCGAGGUAACAUCCUUUGGCUGUUGGCUGCAGUGACGCAGCUGACGGUGACCAGCGUUACGGCGUUCGCGAACAAUUCAAAUGCUAUCUACACCUGGGAAGGUGGCCGCAUCGAGUGGCCAUGCCCGACGACAAAGCGAUUGGUUAAGGCUGCUGCAAAGUACACUCCUAAGGAUAUCAUCGCAAUGGCUUGCGCAAGAAGUGGCGACAAGACCCUCUGCGCGAUGCCAAGAUACCGAAAUAGUAUUCCGAUAACCUUGGGACAAAUCUACGCAACAAAGAAGGGCUGUGACGUCAAGUUCGAACCUUUCCCGUGCUGGACUGAGCAAGAAGAGAACAACUGCAAUUCGCUACAGUCCGUUAUUGACAUCUACGCUACCGGUGACUUCGUGUGGGUUCUGGACAAUGGUAUACUUAAUGCAUUGAGAAGUCCUAUUCAAAGAUGCCCAGCGAAGAUCGUGGUUUAUGAAGCCAAAACGGGGAAAAAGAUGAAGACGAUAAACCUUGGCCGAUACGUGACCGAGAAGUCUCGUCUCCAGUAUAUGCAGGUCGAGUGCUUGAAGGGUGGCCAAUGCUUCGUGUACAUCAGCGACGCUGGAAACAAUGCAAUUAUCAUUUACGACGUGUCUGGAGGUCGUGGCUAUCGUGUAGUACUGCCGAAAGCUGUGCAUCACGGAUGUAGAUUCCGCGACGUUCUGUACAUUUUCUUGUCGUAUCACAAGGAUGGAACAAAACUAUUUUUCACCUAUCUGGGUGGACGACGACUAUUCGCCAUUGCUACGGAUCACCUACGAAAAGGUCAUGGCGGUAACAUUGAAGAUAUCGGGGAAAAGCCAGGGUCCUUCAUUUACAUCGGACCAGACGGAGCAACAGGUGUGUUUUUCAGAGAGGAAGGCGACAGCAAUGUAUUCUUCUGGGACACAAAAACAUGUCUCAAGAAGUCGAACUUCAAACUGGUGUUCAAGAGCAGUGAGGGAUUAUAUGCAACGGAUGUGUUCCCGGACCAUGAAAUCAAUCGGUUCCUUAUAUUGGAGUCAGAUUUUCCAGGUUAUAUGGAGGAGAAAGCUGGAUGUGGUACACUGCAUCAGAUCUCCCUGCUUGACGGGGCUACUUGUUAAUAUAGAAAUUUUCCUGUGUAGUUUUAAA